AUGGGGACAUCAGCCAAGUUGGGGGAGGGAUUCACUACCAAAACCCUGGAAUUUAAACAUUUUUGUCAGCAAACGGCUCCCAAUUUCAUGGAUUCGCAUGGGAAUGAAUCAGUCCUGAAAUCUGGAGGCCUUUACCAAAAGGAAAAUACAGAGUCCGUUCAGAAACUUUCCUUGGUAUUGAAAGAGGUUGCUACCGAAAUCCUGGUUUCCAAGCUAUUUGAUCAAGACGAAACAGGUCGCUCAUUCUUCUAUGUUCUGGAUCUUAUCGAUCAGACUCAUCCAAUUGGUAUGACAGGCAAAUUCGCGCAAAGGUGCUGGGUCGAUCGAGUCUUCAAUAAGAUUGCAAAAGGAUGGAGGAUGUUUUUUGUGACUGCUUUACAAGGAAGAGAGUAUAGCGGCAAUCCAAGCUUGAAUGAGAUCGCACGAGGAUCACAGGUAGUUUAUUUGUCGGCUUCCCAAGAGAAGACAGUUCGCUUCCACCCUAUUGCUGCCAGAGGCAAGUGUCAGAAGAGGAAAUACAACAUCAAUAUCACAGUCCUCAGAUCUACCAGUAUUGAGGCCAUCGACGGAGUUAGAUUACCUUUCUACAGGUUCAAUAAAGGAAGAUAUUGGGAAGCGCGAUGGAAAGGGAUUGGGUUUUUGGCUUUCCAAACGACUAAAAGGACCGGCUACCCUUCUGAAAUUACUGGUACCCUGGGUAUUGGGAUGGAUCCUUCAGGCCUCCCUCGCACAGGAAAUGAAACCCUGCAAUUUCAGAUCAAAGGGAGGGACAUCAAUAUCAGAGUCUCUAUAGGUAGCAAGGACAACGUUGUCGAGGUGGGUAGAACAACUUACUGUAGUCUCAAUCAGAAGAGCAAUCGAUUCACGGUUGGAAAACGAUGGAAUAAAGAUCAGUUCACGGAAAGUUCCAACAUCAGCGGCAACUUCAAGAAAGUCAGAGAGCCCCUACAUGAUAUUGAUCAGAUGAUUAUAGAGCUUUUACAAGCCUGGCGGAUGGGACAGCGGAGAGAGUUGACGAGGAACGCGAUUACCCAGGAGAUGAUGAAGGUCAUCGAGGCAGUUAGAGUACACACCUACAGUUUCAAUCGGAAGAUCUGUUGUAGGGAUUUGACUGGAAGGAGCGAGAAUAAGAGGAGCGAAUUGGAAGGAGUCGCUUUGGUAGCAACUCAACCAAUGAUUAUGAUGUCUGGCUUUAACAACAACACCUCUCCUCUUGGGGUUGCUUGGUUUUUAUCUCCUCACAACUUAAUGUUCAUUUCAUUAUUUUUUUUAGCCUAG